GGACACCCAGAGGAGCAGAGACAGCAGAGCAGACUUGAAUUUGAUAUGGGUAACGUUGAUUACAUCGAGGUGUCGCCUGGGUUAUCGUCUUCUGAGCUCCUGACCCAAACCUCUCCUCUUGUUUCGGUUAAAGUGCCACCAAGUCAAUUUAUCCAUGAAGUCUUCGACUGCAAUGAUGUGGAGCAACUCCCUGCUCUAAGUUCCUGUCCAUCGUUGGAAGAAAUUCAUGAAGAACUUUAUGAUGAAGUCGCGGCGUUGUUUUCUCCAGAGCAACCCACAUUCAAUAUCGAAGAAAUGGCAAAUGCAAUACAAAUCAGUGAUUUGAAGACCUUCUGUGCAACAGCGGCAAAAUUUUGCGCUUUGAACAAGCAAACUGAUCCAAAUGGAGCGGUAUAUUCAUUCAUAUCUACGUGGCGAGACGAGUACGGAGGAACUCUGAUACAUUCGGAAAUGGCAAAUGCAAUACAAAUCAGUGAUUUGAAGACCUUCUGUGCAACAGCGGCAAAAUUUUGCGCUUUGAAUAAGCAAGCUGAUCCAAAUGGAGCGGUAUAUUCAUUCAUAUCUACGUGGCGAGACGAGUACGGAGGAACUCUGAUACAUUCGGUAUGGCGUUUGCAUGUUUUUUCAUACGAAAGAAAUUUUGGCUAG